AUGGAAUUAGAUAAAGUAAAUUUCCUUUCAUUCUAUUCUUUUUAGAUUCAUCAGUAUAAUAAAACAUUAACAUUUUCAAAUACUUAUAAACAUAGUGAAUGUUAAGUAAGUGAAGCAGCCAAACUUGUUUCUAGUGUUGGAAAUUCAGGUUAUUAUUUUUGUGUUUGUGAAUAAGCAAUUCCAAAAACUGGGAAAAUACAAUUUACAUUCUAAAUACUUACUGGAUCAGAAUGGUUUGUUGGAAUAGGAUUUAGAGAUAUAAUGCAAAAAAAUAAUUUUGGCAAUUGUUAUAAUGCUGGGUAUGGGUAUAAUAAUAAUAAAUCAUAAUAGAACAUAUUUAAUCGAUAAUCAUUGUCGAAGUUGGUCUCAUCAUAACAAAGAUGUACAUGAUAAAUAUUUAUCAUUUAAAUUUACAAAUAAUGAUAUAAUAAGAAUGGAAGUAAGUAUUGAAGAUAAAUAUAUUAAAUGGAGUAGAUAGAAUAAUCCACAAUUAACAUUUGUUGUAACUAUGAAAUUGAUUAUUAGUAGUUGGCAAUAGAUACCUCAUAAGAAUUAUAUCCAUGUGUUGGUUUUUAUUAAACAGCUUAAAUAAAAAUAUUAGAUUGCGCUAUCGUUUGA